AUGGAGUCAUCAUCUCCUCGCGAAAUCAUUGCCCAGCAUGUGCACAGACGGCAACCUCACGACGUCAGCGGACUGCCGAGUGCCCAACGUUGGUGCCUCGCCCCGGAGGUCCCCCUGGCUGCUGAGUUGAUGGCAAAUGACCCGCCGGCCUUGCCAAGGGUUGAUCAAGAAAGGGCGAUGCCCAAGAUGGAAUAUCUGGAGGCGCAGUAUCGUCUUCACAGAUACGAAGCCACGGAACCGCUGCGGAAAGCCAUCCAGCAGUUUCGUCGCGACCAGUUCACGGCGAAACAAAACAAUGCGUUUACAUAUACUCAGGUGUGUCGCACCACCGAUCCGGGCCGCCAAAGGUAUGCUGACCCGGUCAAGGUCAAGAUACAUGGAUACAUUAUCAGAAACUCGAGAGCCGCGUGCCGCGUCUCCUUUUCCACGGAAAACGACGACUCGGAGAUGCUGGGGACGGCUCCCGAACGACUGCUCCCUGGAACUCUUGUUGCUCUGACACCUCGUGCAGAUGGAUUUCGCACAAAGUGCCUCGUCGCGACGGUGGCUGCAUGCUCCGACAGCGGUUCGGCCGUCGACUUGACCUGGGCCGUCGACACCGACGCGGUGAUGGACCCGACAACCAUUUUCGUCAUGCUGGAACCCAAGCACGGAUACUUUGAAGCGAACCGUCACAUCAUGCUUGGCCUGCAGCACGCUGCGUUUUCCGCAUCACGUCUCGACAAGUACAUUUACGAACCGUUUUCGGGGCACAAGGAUGCUCUGAUUUUGCGAGAAACCCCCUGCAACCGAGCAUCGAUCCCACCGUCGGCGGAAAGCUUGGAUCCGUCACAGCGCGACGCAUUCAACCUCGCCACCUCCAAGGAGCUCACCAUCGUGCAAGGUCCACCAGGUACCGGAAAGACCUUCACCUCGCUGGUCGCCAUCGAGAGCUUUGUGGAAACUCUCAAACACUGCGAACAUGGCAAGUGUGAGGGGACACCGGCACCGCCCGUCAUCAUCGCGGCCCAGACGAACCAUGCCCUCGACAAGCUACUCGACCGCUGCAUGAAAUGCGGCAUAGGCAGCAUUGUCCGCCUUGGAGGUGGAUCUACCAGCAGCACCAUCAUCGAAAGAUCGCUCUUCAACCUUCGUCGGAAGUGUGGGAGUCGUGAUGGAAGUGCAGAGUGGGGGACGCAGAAACGACUUCGCCGUUCCCUCAGAGAUGUCAUCACCGAAGGGUUUCCCGCAGGCUUGUUGGAGGCCAAAGACAUGCUUCAAAUGGGCUUCAUUAGCCAUGACCAGUACCGAUCGCUUGUCGAAGGCGACUGGGAGACGGCGGAGCCGAUGGAAGGACCUGUCGCCAUCUGGCUUGACCAUUAUCAUCAGCAACGGCAGCGGGAGAGCCCCGAUGCAUCCGCGGCCUCUGCGUUCACGUCGGGAGGCGAGAGGGACUUUACGCCGAUUGAAAUAUCGAGACCCGUGGCUGCUCUUUUGACCUUUCAGCAUGCAAACGAUGUCAACGAUAUCUGGCUACACCGGGCAAAGCGGCUCUUGGCAAUGAAUUCUGACCUGUAUCAAAUCAAACCAAUCUACAGAGGCAACGUCUACUGCUACCUUUACAAAAAGAUGUUCGACGCAGUCACGAUCCAAGUGCAGCGCAUCGUGCGCGAGCUCGACGCGAGCUGCAGGAACCUGACGGCGGCCCGAUGGGAAACGAGCGUCCGGGCGAUUCGCGACGAUGGCGUCCGAAUCCUUGGAUGCACCACGACGGGUCUUGCCAAGUACCGCGGUCUGAUUGCGGCUCUCCAACCUCGGAUCAUGCUCGUCGAAGAGGCGGCAGAAGCGCGCGAGGGCAACAUCGCUGCCGCCUUGUACCCGACCCUUGACCAGCUUGUUCUCGUCGGAGACCACCAGCAGCUCGUGCCUCAGGUUCAGGUCCACGAGCUCUGCGUCGAACCUCACCGGCUCAACGUGUCCCUGUUCGAGAGGCUUGUCAACCUCAAAAUCCCGUACUGCGCGCUCCGCGUGCAGAGGCGCAUGGUUCCCACGCUUCGUCGAGUCGUGCAAACAUUCUACCCCAACCUCGAAGACCAUGAAAGCGUCACAAGGCCGGCGCUUCGACCUCCAGUCCCGGGCAUGGGCGACUGCCGCUUGUGGUGGUUCCAGAAUCGGUGGACGCAAAGUCGAGGCGCCGACGGUUACUCCUACGCAAACCCCAGAGAGGCGGAAAUGAUCGUCUCGUUCGUCAGAUAUCUCGUCCAGAACGGAGUGAGGCCGCAGCAAGUGACGGUCUUGGCCUAUUACUCGGCCCAGGUUGAACUGAUCAAGCGCAGGAUGACGCGCAAUGCCUACCUCAUGGUUCGGGCCAAGGCCGUCCGGGACGAGACCUUGGCGGACUUUGAGUGGGCGGUACGAACCAUUGACGGAUUCCAAGGCGAGGAAAACGACGUCAUCCUGCUGUCCCUGGUUCGCGGGCCAGACACGCUCGGCGGCAGGGCCAAGCCGGGAUUCGUUGCGGACGAGAACCGAGCGGUCGUUGCGACGAGCCGCGCGAGAUGCGGAUUCUACAUCUUUGGCAACGUGGAAAACGUUCUCCAGGGCAGCAGAAGAAGCAGGGAGACCUGGGGUAAAGUUUUUCGAGCAUUCGAGGGACAUACGGGCGAAAGCCUCCCGGUAACCUGCCAGGCCCACGGCAAAGUUACCAAAAUAUCGCAGCCAAGAGACUGGGAUGACGUUUCGACUGGUGGAUGCCUCGCCAGGUGCAGGGUAAAGUGCGCAAAUGGCCACCCUUGCCUGCUGACCUGCCAUCCCCGGCAAACCGACGACGACGUGGGCAAGAGGGAUUAUCCCAAGAACGCAGCACCAUACGGCCAAGCGUGCCAGUGCGCCCAAGGCUGCGGCGUCUGGGACGACCAAGCGCAAUCGAUCGGCCUCGAUGGCAGCUUCUCUGCACCUCAGCAGCCGGACGGGUGCGGUAGCCAGGACAAUGCGAUGGUAACGAGUGACAUGAUUCUCGAGCAGGGAGCCCACAACUACUUUGAAAGCUUAGCCAGAGGAAACCAAAGCGACGAAUCCGACUCGGAGUCGUUCGAGGAACUGCUCAUUUCGCUGACGCGGAACAAGAAAUAG